GAUGCACAAGUCGGAAUAUAGAAGAUCGGUACGCUUCCGGAGUAUGUUGAGUUCCUGUUUUUAGAGGAAAAAUCAAACCGAGGGGAGAGAUCGUCUGUCCUAUCUACAGUAUUUCAAAAAACAUUUUUAAGGUGUAACGGAAGAAAGGAGGAGGUGAGCUGAGGCCCGGAGUUACUGCGAGAGUGCCAACUCUUGAACUGGCUCCGGUAGCCGUCCCUGUGGUGCCCGUCUGAUAGUCCGCCAUUACGGAAGGAAGAGAACAGCUGCUGACUUCUUGGAUUGUCUUCCUAAGCCUCCAUGACUCGUCAUGGCAAGAACUGUACAGCGGGAGCUGUAUACACCUACCAUGAAAAGAAGAAAGACACAGCUGCCUCUGGAUACGGGACCCAAAAUGUCCGCCUGAGCAGAGAUGCUGUUAAAGACUUUGACUGCUGCUGUCUCUCCCUGCAGCCUUGCAAGGACCCUGUUGUAACCCCCGAUGGAUACUUAUAUGAAAAAGAAGCCAUCCUAGAGUACAUUCUGCACCAGAAAAAGGAGAUUGCACGACAAAUGAAGGCUUAUGAGAAGCAGAAGAAUGAGAAGAAGACAGAGAUGGCCGAGCUGACGAAGGCUGCCAAAGAGUCCAAGGUGAAGAGCUUCCUAGACAAAGAGCUGAGCAUCGUCAGCAAACCCCUCAACCCCUUUGACCACAAGGCAGAGAACGCUCAGCCUGGACCCAGCAGUGAAGAGAAAGCCAAACAACUGCCCAGCUUCUGGAUCCCUUCAUUGACCCCUGAGGCCAAGACCCAAGUCAUUCAGAAGCCAGACAAGUGUGUUUACUGUCCUAUGGGUGGGAAGCCUCUGAAGCUGAAGGACCUGAUCCCUGUGCACUUCACUCCUGUGGACCCUAGUGUGGAUCGUGUUGGACUAAUCAACCGGCAGGACCGCUAUGUUUGUGCCGUCACACGAGACAUGCUGGGGAACUCUGUCCCUUGUGCUGUGCUCCGUCCUUCGGGUUCUGUGGUAACUCUGGAGUGUGUUGAGAAACUCAUCAAGAAAGACAUGGUUGAUCCAGUGAAUGGGGAAAAGCUGACUGAAAAGGACAUCAUUGUCCUGCAGCGGGGUGGCACAGGAUUUGCAGGAUCAGGCGUGCAACUGGAGGCCAAGAAGUCCCGCCCUGUUAUGCAAGCUUGACGACCAUCCCAGCAGAGGAGUGGAGCAACUGCUUUGUCCUGCUACCUCAGGACUACAAAUAGCGCAUAUGAGGUAGCAAAAGUGUCCUGUAAUUCUUGUAAAUAAAAGCUGUUUUGGUUUUGUCCUCCCA